AUGGACAACCUGGACGAGAGUCGAGGCCCUAGCUUGCUCGAGCAGCUAAGCUUUCUCACCGACACGGGCGACAACACAGGAAAAUCAGAUCGACGUCCCACGCUGCACUUGAACGAGCGUUGGGGUGUUCCAAAUACGUCCAAUGCACCGGGAUUCAUCGACGACCUGCAGUAUUCUGUGAAUCAACGCCGACCAAAGGGCCGUGGCCGCAUGCAAGAUAGACCCUCCAUCUUCAGGAGGCUCCCAAUCAGCCGGCCAGAAUGGCUGCCGCUGCACCCAAACGGAAAUGUGCGGAUCUUGUGGGAUGUGUCAGCUUUGCUUUGCCUGUCCUAUGACCUCUUCUACAUCCCUUUCGGGGCCCUGAGCCCUCCUGAGACACUUUUCACGGCGGUCGCGGCGUGGUGGACCAUGAUCUUUUGGACGCUGGAUAUCUUCAUGAGCAACCUGACGGCCUGCUAUCAGAACGGCGAGCUGGUAACUUCCCAUCGUAAGAUCACUGUCAACUACCUGCAGACAUGGUUUCUCCUGGACCUCCUGGUCACUGUGCCGGACUGGCUCAGCCAGAUGGGGCGCUUUGCCGACUCAGGUGAGGCGGUCCAGGUGCUGCGCUCCCUGCGGUACCUGCGGACACUUCGGCUGCUGCGGGUGCUGAAGCUGCAGCGGCUACUGGCCAUGGUUUAUGAUUUGAUCGACAGUGAGAUCACGUUCAUCAUAUUCACGUGCGUGAGGCUGAUGUUCGGCAUCCUUGUCCUGAACCAUUGCAUUGCCUGUCUGUGGUACCUGGUGGGUACAUCUGCCUUGGAUGGUGACAGCUGGCUGACCUCAGGUGCUAUUCCCAUCGUCGACACCAGCUUGGCUUAUCGUUACACAACAUCUUUGCACUGGAGCCUCACCCAGUUCACGCCAGCAUCCAUGGAAGUCACCGCGCGGAACUCGGGCGAGCGUGCAUUUUCGAUUUUGGUGCUCUUCUUCGCAUUGAUGGUCUUCUCCUCUGUCAUUGGGCAGGUCACCGCCUCCAUGAUGUCGCUGCAGGGCCUUCAGGGCCACGCCAAGAAGCAAUUCUGGCUGCUGCGGCGCUUGCUGAAGACCCGCCAGGUGCCCGCGGAGAGCCGCGGCCGGAUCCUCCGCUUCCUGGAGCAGCGGGUGACCCGGGAGAGGAAGCGCGUACAGCAGAAGGACGUGCGGAUUUUGCCACUCCUCUCCGAGCCCUUGAAGAACCUGCUUGCUUGGGAGCUGCAUCAAAGGCUAUUGACCCGACACCAACUCUUCUACAUCCUGCAGCAAUGCAUCGAGCCCAUGAUGAUGAGGCUUACAAGAGAUGCUGUGUCCGAGUCAGCCAUGGCGGACCAGGACGUGCUGUUCUGCCUGGGCGAAAACGCGUCGUGUAUGACAUUUGUGCACUCCGGAACCUUCCUCUAUGAGCGGGGCAGAGGCGCUGAGCAGAUCGAGCUCAGUGCCUACCAGUGGUUGGUGGAGGCUUGCUUGUGGACAGACUGGCAUCACCUCGGAACGCUCACGACAACGAGUGCGGGUGAGCUUUGCCAUGUGAAGCCGGACAAGUUUGCCAACGUGAUGCAGGGGCAUGUGUGGCCUUGGAGCUUUUGCAGGCACUAUUCCAUUGAGUUCUUGAAGCUUCUGGAUGACCUGGAUGUCGCGGAGUGGUCAGAUUUGCUCCAGGCGGAGCACGUGCACAUGGCUCUGGAGCGUGCGCAAGAGACCCUCCGAGAGGACAAGGACUGGCCGGAUGAGAUCAGUGAGGCAUGGAGCGAGCUCAUGACCAGGCGCCCCACCGGGUCCAUCAGGAAGACGUGA